AUGCGUUUGUGGCAAGUUUUCUCCGCCUUCCGAGGCUCAGCGCCGGAAUCACCCAGUGAAGAGAGUCUUGAGCCGCAAGGGUUCACGCCCACGCUCCUCUAAUGUGGGAGAGAGGGUGAAAAGGGACACUCAGAGACAGAGAGCGCGUGUGAGUGUGAAUAAGGAUUCAGGUGGUGAUGUCGUCCGAGGAGGAGGACAAAAGGAAAAAACAGUUGCUAAAGAAGAGAAGAACAUGGUUCCAGAGGAUGCUGCUAAAGAAAGUAAGAGUAGUAAAGAUUUGGAUUCUAAUGAGUCCAAGAAUGAAUUUGUGGAUGGGUGGCCGAAGUGGUUACUCGAUAACAUCCCCACCAAUGUUCUCGCUAAGCUUGUCCCCAAGAGCGCUGAUUCCUAUGAAAAACUUGCCAAGAUAGGACGUGGAACGUAUAGCAAUGUGUACAAAGCGAGAGAGAAGGGCACGGGAAAGAUUGUUGCUUUGAAGAAGGUAAGGUUUGACACGUCGGAUUCUGAAAGCAUAAAGUUUAUGGCAAGAGAGAUCAUGAUGUUGCAGAAGCUUGAUCAUCCCAAUGUCAUCAAGCUUAAAGGAUUAGCUACAUCGAGAAUGCAGUACAGUCUUUAUCUGGUUUUUGACUUCAUGCAGUCUGAUCUCACUCGCAUUAUCUCUCGACCCGGGGAGACACUCACCGAACCGCAGAUCAAGUGCUAUAUGCAGCAGCUACUUUGUGGUCUGCAGCACUGUCACGAGAGGGGAAUUAUGCACCGAGAUAUUAAGGCUUCUAACUUGUUAAUAGACAGAAAAGGGGUGCUGAAAAUUGCAGAUUUUGGGCUUGCAACUUCCAUUGAAUCUGGAAAACCUCUAACAAAUAGAGUGGUAACACUUUGGUAUAGAGCUCCAGAACUUCUUUUGGGUUCAACUGAUUAUGGAUAUAGCAUUGAUCUCUGGAGUGCAGGGUGCCUCUUGGCUGAGAUGUUUGUCGGAAGACCAAUUAUGCCUGGCAGGACAGAGGUUGAACAGAUUCAGAUGAUUUUCAAACUUUGUGGUUCUCCUUCAGAGGAUUACUUCAAAAAGCUGAAGCUAACAACUAGCUACCGUCCUACACACCAUUACAAACCUACGUACCAAGAAAACUUCAGCAAAUUUCCUUCCUCUUCGCACCCUCUCUUGACCACACUUCUUCAUCUCAACCCUACAAAUCGUGGAACUGCUGCCUCUGCCCUUCAAACUGAAUUCUUCCGAUGCAGUCCAUUAGCAUGUGACCCUUCAGCUUUACCAGUAAUCAACAAAGACGAGGAUGAACGCUUACAAACUAAGAGAACCAAAAGUAGGCACAGGGUUUCCAAAAGAGCGCAACCAUCUCAAACAAGUAAAAGUGAAGCUGAAUCACGAAAAACCCAGAUUCCCGAACAACCUCGUCAAGUUACAGAAUCAUCAAAAGAGAAGAAUGUGGAACAACAGAAGCAGAGUCAAGAAACUGUGCAUAGUGCUACUAGCAGCACAUCAUCUGGGUCAAGACCAUUCACGAAUGAAGGGAGCACAAAUACAUCUUUAUCACCAAGUUUUCUGUCCAGUGGCAGUGUGAGAAAAUCUCCCAAAACAGAGGGUAGCCCAAAUGCUCUUAAGAACAUAAACCACUAUAAUGCACUCUUACAGGCCUCUAUGAUUCAAGCCACCCAAGUUCCUCAUCUUCCAAAAUCCUUCUCUCACUUGGAUUAUCGACUUGGUCCAGACAAGCUACCAAACCUCUAUACCUUAUCUAAUAAACAUAUUUAAUUUUGAUCCAUUCUAAACAUCAUUUUUUUUUUCGUUAUCAUUUAAUUAUGUUGAUUACAUCAUUAAAAAGU